AUGGGAGUUGGCAAGGCACUACAAGCACUUCUGGAGGCAGCUGGUGCUGCUCCUAAACCCAACCCAGUUUCCUGCACCGGAAUUUCUGCAACGCACUGUUCAAUACCUGAAGCAAUUCUCGAAUCCAAAAGACGAAAGAAACUUUUUGUGGUUUACAUUUCAGGUGAAAAUUCGGAGUCUGCUGAAUUGGAAAAAUCUACCUUUACUGAUUCCAAAGUGGAGGAAUCGCUCUCGAAGCACUGCAUUUUAUUGCAUAUCGCAGAAGGAAGCACUGAUGCUGUGAAUUUUUCUGCAAUAUAUCUGCAGAAAUCUGCUCCUUGUAUAACAGCUAUUGGCUACAAUGGGGUUCAACUUUGGCAAAGUGAAGGGUUUGUUAGUGCUGAAGUUUUGGCUUCUAAUUUAGAUAAGGCAUGGUUGAGCCUUCAUAUCCAGGAAACAACAGCAACUGUCCUGACUGCAGCACUCGUUUCGGAGAAACCUGAAUCACCUUCUUCUGGGUCUUCUGAUAUUGGUUCCUCUGGGCAAGAAAGUUCUUCAGGUACGAUUGUUCCGUCACUUUCGAUGGACAGGCAUAUCCAAUCUUCAGAGGUUGGAACACAGGUGGCUGCUUCUGAGGUGAUAGAAGAAAACAAAAGUUAUGAGCCUACAGCUGAGGAAACGAUAAACAAUUUGGAUGUCAAGACAUCUUCAAAAUCAUUUAAUGCUCAGAAGCCGCAGACUGUUGGGGACGAGCGUUCCACAUGUCCCACUGAAGAAGACAAGAAAUUGCCCAGUUCUUCGAUAACCAACUCAGACAUUACCAUAGCUGAUCAUACAUCUUCUGGUGCUGAAGAUGGUCUUCUUGCCCCAGAAAAGAUUAUUGGUAAUCAUACAGGUGCUCCCAGAGGAGGCUCGGAAUUAACUACUACUGAGAUAAAAGAAGUAGGAGGAGACAAAAAGGUUGAAUCCACGGAUAAUGUGGUGCCCAGGACUUUGGAUAAUAAUAAAACAAUUAAUGUAUCAAGUGAUGUUCAUUUAAAUAUCCGUCUGCCGGACGGUGUUAGCUUACAGCAAAAGUUUUCUGUGACAAGCACUCUGAGAAUGGUCAGAGACUACGUGGACAGAAACCAAGAAAGCGGUAUUGGCGCAUAUGAUCUUGCCAUUCCUUAUCCUCGCAAGACGUUCAGUGAUCAAGAUAUGAGUAAAUCAUUAUCAGAGUUGGCUCUGCUUAAUAGGCAAGCAUUGAUAGUGGUUCCUCAUCAGCGAGCCACAAGCUACCACCGAGGAGGUUCUUUCUCGGGCAGACCAACUAGUGGUGGUUCAGCAAACGCAAAUGAAGGGGGAUAUUUUGCAUAUGUCAAAAGGGUUCUAUCCUAUUUCAAUCCUCUUUCCUACUUUGGUGGUAGUGCAAACUCAUCAAGUUCUGGACAAGCUCAAUCUGGCAUAUGGGAAUAUGGGCCAAAUUCGGCACAUCAUAACAACACUGAAAGAAUGGAAAGACCCUACUUCAGUUACUCUCCAAAUCAAAACUUGUCAGCAACUGGCAGAAAUGACAGCAGGGGCAGGCAACCAACAACUUCACGGCCUGGGAGCAACAUUCACACACUGAAACAUGAUGAAGAUGAUGGCCGAUCCAGCGAUAGAAAUACCUUCUGGAAUGGAAAUUCAACUGAGUAUGGUGGCAACAAUGAUGGUAAAUAG